GGAUGGCUGCCGGGCUGAGCCGAGGAGGAGCGAGAAGAGGCGGAGGAAGAUGGUGGAGCGGGAGGCCGGACUAGCGGUUGAAGGGAAAGCUGCUUCCCAGGUUUCCUGCCUGCCACUGCGUUGCUGCUGCUGCCGCCGCCGCCACCGCCGCCGCUCCCGCCAUCCGCAUCCGAGCCAGACCCGCUGCGGCUGCUGUGCGUCGCGACUGGCUUUGGCGCAAAGGCGCGGAAAGAAAGCCUCAACACACAAAAUGUCAAUAGAAUAGGUGAAAUAUCUAGUAGAACCUGCCAUGAACCAUUUUGAAGGACCGCCUGAAGGAGAGAUCAGUGAUGAACUAGGAAGUAGAGAAGUGAAUGAAUCUGUAGAGGCAGACCUAGAACAUUCUGAAGUAGAAGAGGAACAACAACAAUAUGCCAUUCAUUACCCAAGAUGUGCCAAUGGCAGCCAUGAACGACCUUCUAGACAGGAAGAGGAAAGCACAUUAGCACGGUCAGCUAGCACUGAGAGUGGCUUCCAUUAUCAUACUGACACUGCUGAAGGAGAUGUCAUAGCCACAGCAGAGGACAGCUAUGAAGGUGACAGAGUACUAGAGAAUGAGGAUGAGAGUGCCUAUGCAGUGCAGUACCGACCUGAAGCAGAGGAGUACACUGAAAAUGCUGAGGCAGAGCAUGCUGAAACAAUUCAUAACCGAACUCUUCCCAACCACUUGCACUUUCAUUCCAUUGAGCAUGAGGAAGCCAUGAAUGCAGCAUAUUCUGGGUAUGUGUACACUCACAGGCUCUUUCAUCGAGGGGAAGAUGAACAGUAUGCUGAGCCUUAUGCUGAUUAUGGGCUGCAGGAACAUGUAUAUGAAGAGAUAGGUGACACACCUGACCUUGAUGUCCAGGAAGGUCUUAGACUGUAUCAGCAAGAGAGAGAAGAAGCUGACAACUAUCGAAAGGAGGCUUUGGGUGCACGCCUCCACCACUAUGAUGAGCGCUCUGAUGGAGAGUCUGACAGUCCUGAGAAGGAGGCAGAAUUUGCCCCGUAUCCACGUAUGGACAGUUAUGAACAAGAGGAAGAUAUAGACCAAAUUGUAGCUGAAGUCAAACAAAGCAUGAGUUCUCAGAGCCUAGACAAAGAUGCUGAAGACAUGCCAGAAGCAGAACAAAAUGUGGACACUAACAUUCCUGCUAACGUGCGCCAUGAAAGCAGCAAUCAGGUUUCGAUCAGCUCUAGAGUACCUGUUAAUGCAGGUGAAUUGGUGCAAAGAUAUAGCAAAGAAAAAAGGGAUGCCAUAUCACUUGCAAUUAAAGACAUUAAGGAAGCUAUUGAGGAAGUGAAAACAAGGACUAUUCGUUCUCCAUAUACUCCUGAUGAACCCAAAGAACCCAUCUGGGUGAUGAGACAGGACAUCAGCCCAACCAGGGAUGGUGAGGAUCAAAGACCACUAGAGGGAGAUUCUCCAUCUCCUGAUCCAUCUUCACCUCAAGGUGCUGAAUCAUCAAGUAUACAACAUCAUCAAGAUGUCUGUGGUACAGCAGAAACCCCCACCAAUAAGGAG